AUGGAUGGUCAUAAUACAAUAAAUUUGGACAAAUUGGGCGAAAUGUUCAAGAGUACUGUAGGCUUGAUGAAAAAUGCUGUGAACAGCUUAGCUCAAAGAAAUUCAACUAUUUAUAAUUUAUUACAUAUGAGCGAUAAUAUGCAAAGCAAAGGUGACUAUCACGAGCUUCUACCAAAUGAAAUGACUUUCGACAAAAACCAAAUUUUAAAAUGGAUAGUAGUGGCAAUUGUCAUUUAUAUAUUUUUUACGAUUUUUUCCUAUAUAUUUGUAAAUUACAUUUUCUUCUAUAUAGUCAUUAUUGUCGCUCUUGGUUUUGUUGUUAAAUAUUAUAUUUAUGACUAUAACAAUACUGAAGAAGCCCCGUUACUACAGACUGAUUACCAAAACUUUGAAGCACAUAGUAUUUAA